GAAAUGGGUGACCUGUGGCUACUCUUGCUCCUUCCUCUGUCCCUGGUAGCCUUCCAUGGAGUCAAAGGCUGUUUGGAGUGUGACCCCAAAUUCAAAGAGGAUGUUAGGUCCUUGUUGUCAAAGUUGGUACCCCCAGAAGUCCCUGGCCGAACUCAGCUGCUUGAACGGCAGAGUAAGGAGAUGAUCAGUUUAAGCUUCAAGGUCUCCCACAGUGACAAGAUGCUUCGGGUGUUGGAUGUCCAAAAGGUUGUCAAGUUGAGAACAUGGCUGAAGAAUGAAUUUUAUAAACUGAGCAAUGAAACGUGGAAAGGUGUCUUUAUCCUUCAAGGCAAGCUUCUCGAGAUCCGCCAAAACCUGGAAUACAAACUCAAGGAAUUAUUAAAGAACUUCUCUGAAGUCGUUGUGGUUGAAGGUCCCAUUCUUGAUUGUUGGACCUGUCUUCGCAUGACCACCAGGUGCUUCAAGGGAGAAUACUGUGGAGAUGAAGAUCCAAUGAAGGAUGAGAAUCGAGAGAUUGCACUAUUUCUGAUAUUACUGGCAACAGCUACAAUCCUGGGAAGUGGUUUGUUAUUAUUCCUUGUGUGUGUCAUCCAUCGGAGGAAAAUGAAGGAAAUACGAAGGUCACUAAAGGAAUAUUUGAAGAAUAAACUUGAAGAAUUAUUGGGGAUGGUAGAGGAGAAGGAGGAGAGAAAUUUUAGACCCAGAAAAUAAACAC